AAACAGCUAAUUGGAAAUGGAACGUUCGGUCAAAUUUACACAGCAGUGUUGAAACAAGGAGACGGAGAGGCUAUUAGAAAACAAAUUGUUUGUAUUAAAAUAUCUAAACCUGAUGUGGAGGAUUGUGUUGAGGAUCAGGUCAAUAUAGAAAAAGAUAUUUUGUCUCGCCUUCGUCACGAUAAUAUUGCUCAAUUCUAUGGCACCAUUACUGAUGAAUCACAUCUUACAACAGUUGUUGAAUACUGCGAAUAUGGUGACCUACAUCAGUUUUUAGUAGCCCAUUCCCCAGUUACCAAAUCUGGACGUCAAUCCAUCUGUGAGGCUUUGCAUGCUGGAACAUUAACAGAAAUAGCCUCCCAAAUAGCUCUUGGGAUGGAAUAUCUGGCUAACAUGGAUAUUAUUCAUCGCGAUCUGUCUAUAAGAAACUGUUUAGUUGUGGAUAGAUAUCAUGUAAAAAUCAGUAAUUUAGCUAUGUCGAGAGCAGUACAUUCAGCCUCUUAUUGCAACUUUGAAAGUAGAGCUAAUUUACCGAUUCGAUGGAUGGCCCCUGAAACCAUCGCACUCGGUGGCUACACUAAACAUAGUGAUAUUUGGUCAUAUGGGGUUACGUUAUGGGAAUUAUUCACUUACGCAGACUUUCCGUUCGAGAAUAUGAGUGAUCAACAAGUUAUAGCAAAUGCGUAUCGCAUAUUAAAAGAAAGUAAAUCCAAAAAGAUAUUAUCGAAGCCCGAAUAUGCGAAUGACACAAUAUACGACAUCAUGAAGAAAUGUUGGAUUAAGACUCCGGAGAAGAGGACAAGUUUUGGCGAGAUC